AUGGUCCUGACUCCCAGACAGACGUCGAGAAUGCAGCGUCUUGCCAGACCCGGUUCCACAGGUGUGUGAGGCUGUAGCACACCUGUCGUGCACCUGUACACGUGCCAAUAGCACACCUGGUUCCACAGGUGUAUGUGACUGUAGCCCACCUGUUGUAAUUGUGCAUGUGGUUGGAGUACACCUGUCUAAAUUGCAGGUGCACGUGUCAGUACAACACCUGGUCCCACGGGUGUAUGUGGCUACAACACACCUGUUUUGCAGGUUUAUGUGUCUGGAGUACACCUCGUUCCACAGGUGUAUAUGUCUUUCUACGCACUUUGGACACCGACAGUCGUCCUCGACUGUGAAGGACUGCCAAGAGUAGAGCGCCAUGGCAGAGGACGAGAGUUACUCGGCACUCCAGGCGACCCUGUGGCGGGAGGGGACCUUCAAGGUGGUGUACUGUCCGCGGAACGAGCCGGCGCCGACGGACCCGGACCUGGCGUACCAGGUGAGCCUGAGCGAGUACCGGGGGCUGUACGCGGACCUGCGCGGGGCCAGGGAGCGGGUGCACCGCCAGGACGGGGAGAUCGCCCGCCUGCGGCAGCAGAGCGACGCGCUGACGGACGAGCUGCGGCACCUGACCGAGCUGCUGCGGAGGGCCGAGGCGGAGAGGGACGGGUAUCUCCGGGACCUGAACAACCUGUGGGACCUCAACACGGACACGGAGGGUACUGAUGGAGAGAGCGAGGGCAGUCCGGAGCUGGGCACGGCAGGGAGCCCGCAGCUAUCCCGUCGGGCCUCGGUGGCAGCGCGAAGGCCUUCGGUCGCGCCGAGAAAAAUCUCCGACGAGUCGGAGGAGACUGAGAAGAAACAGGGGCUGGCGAGCGACUUCUUGGGAACAUCCAACGCAAAGACGGCGGCUAAAAGUCCUGAGAAAAUCAAACGCGCCCUUAAAGCCAGCUACGAGAAGAAGAAAAACAAAGAAGUCGCCAAAGUCGAGGCGGGGUACGAGAAGAUCAUCAGUCAGCUACACAAGGAGAGGGAAAAACUUCAGCAGCAGUUCAGCAAAGACAGGGACAAACUCAAGGCGCAGAUAAAGGACAUGGCGAAACAGCUGCGUAGCAGGAAGGCAGAGAAGAUCGUGUACACGCAGGUGCCCAAACACGUGACCGCUGACGUCACGACGCAGACGCACUGGGAGAAGCGUGACGUGUACGAGGCGGUGAGGACGGUCGUCGCGCAGGUCAAGGAGCUGAAGCGGGAGAACGCGGAGAUGGCGCGGGACAAGGAGAAGGCGGCGCGGCAGUCUGAGCGCAAGGUGGGCGUCUUGAAGGCGCGUCAGGAGGAGCUUGAGCAGGCUAACGUCUCCUUGGAGAAGGACGUGACGGGUCUGCGGAGGAAAGUCGCGUUCUACGAGGCGCGUCAGUCGUACCGCAACCAGACUCUGCCCUCGGUGUCGCCGGAGAGGGGGGUGGCGGGCACUGAGAAGGGGAUGGGUGCCGCGACCGGGAAAAGGGACUCUUUCGUGGAGGAAAACCUCUUAGAGGGCAGCAGGCGGAACUCCAUGAGAUCCAUGUCUGUCGUUUCCGCAGCUAACUCCGACAUUCCCGACACAGAGGGACGGGAUACAGACGCGUUUCUCUCUCCGACCCAGCCACCAGGCAAAGACAGUGCCACUGCGAGCAGCAUCGUCACCUUGCCCCGACUCCCGCUAACCGGCAGGUUGCCAAGCAACAGAUGA